AUGGCGCCGACUGCAUUCAAAGAACAUGCCCCGGCGACGAAGCACGAGUUCGCCUCGACGCAGGGCGAGCCCGUCAUCGUACGGUUCGCGAAGGGUGAUCCGGAGGAUCCAGCGGAAGGAUGGAGUCGGUGGAAGCGUUACCGCGCCCUCGGUCUCGCAAUGCUCGUCACCUACCUCUCCGCUUACAACGCCUCAGCAAAUGGCGCAGCAAGCGCCGGCUUCCGCAAAGAGCAUCCCUCGGUUUCGGCAUCCGUCUUCCAGGCAUCAUCCUUCACCUACCUCGCCAUGCUCGGUAUCGGUCCACUCGUUCUCGCACCCGUCAGCGAAGCGACCGGCCGUCGGCCGCAGAUCGUAAUCUGCACCUUCGUGAUUGCGGUCCUUUUCCUCGGCCAAGCUCUCUCUCCGAACGUCUACUCGCUCAUUUUCUGUCGAUGGGUUCAAGGAACGGCUGCUUGCAUCGAAGGAGCGACCGCGGCAGGCGUCGUCGCCGACUUGUGGCCGAAGCGAACUCGCGGACCGGCCAUGGGCCUGUUCGUUCUCACCGUCUUCACCGCCAACGCGACAGGCCCACUGUGCUCCAACUGGAUUGCGCAAACUGUCGGAUGGCGCUGGGUGUACUGGGUCCAGCUCAUCUCAAACAGCAUCUGUUUUGUCUUGUGCCUCUUUCUCUUCCCCGAGCCACGCGCCGAUGUCAUCCUCGGAAAGCGAUGCAAGAAGCUGCAGGCGGAGUCGGGCCGCCCGCACUUCGUCGAAGGACUCGAAGGAACGGAGAGCAUGCUCGAUGCCGUCAAGCUUUCACUCACCCGACCAUUGCUCUACCUCUUCACUGAGCGCGCGUUGCCCCUUCUCUCUCUGACUCAAGUUGGCAGUCAUGCCAUCGUUGCAUCUCUCGCGCUCUGGGUCGGCUUCGCAUGGGGUGUCGUCUUCCUGCUGGUCGGCAGCAUCGCUCACGUCUUCGAAAGAACCUACGGGUUCUCGCAAGGCCAAGGCGGCACAGUCCUCAUCUGCGGCUUCAACGGCGCCUUCAUCUCGUACAUCCUCCACCUCACCGUCCAAGAACCGCUCUACCGCAAGGCGCUGGCGAAGGGAAACGGAAAGGCCAAGCCAGAAGUUCGGCUUUACUCCGCUGCCAUCGGCGGGAUCCUCUUCUCCGCCGGCUCCUACACGAUCUACCUCGGCACCUACCUCGUCCUCGGCGACAUCUACGACCGGUACUCGUCUUCUGCGCAGGCUGCCCAGUCGCUCCUUCGCAACAUCCUCGGCGCCACCUUCCCCUUCUUCGGCGUCGCCAUGUACGACCGCUUGACCUUUCCUUGGGCGUCGACCCUCGUCGGCUUCAUCGCUGGCGCUUUCGCCAUCGUGCCCUGGGUCCUCAUCUUCUACGGCGAACGCCUGCGGGCGCGCUCAAAGGUGGCGAUUUCGAUGGAGCAGCAGGAAGGGGACGUUCUCGGCGAGGACCCAGCUCCAGCGCACCUCAUCGAAGUCGAGAUGCCGUGA